AUGGAGGAGAAACACGGUGCAGAGAUGGAAACCAAAAAGAAUUCCCAGCUCCUCAUGCCCCUGAUCCUUCUCAGCGUGCUCUUCUCACAAACACUGGCCUUUCCUCCUGUGGAAGCAAAAGCGCUGAGCAAUGACGUCUCAGAACGCCAGGGACCAAUAAGACGCCAAGUAGAUUUAAUUCUCAUUGACAUCUAUACCCGCUUUCCUCAACAAACCCCUGAGAAUGAACACUUGCAGGAUGUGCUUGGGAAAAAGAGCGUGCUCUUCUCACAAACACUGGCCUUGUUUGUAGAAGCAGAAGCUCUGAGGAAUGUCAGACUUGCUGAUGUAGUUUCCACCAGAGACAUUGGUAGUCUCUUGGAUCAUCAUUCUCCCAAAAAAUACACUGAGUCCCUUAUUGAAAAACGAGCAAGCAAUGACAUCUCAGAAGACCUGGGACUAGUGAAACGCCAAUCAGAUACAGAGUUCGGUGCUGCUUUUGAACGCUUCCUUAAAAUCAAGGCUGACAGGCGAGAAAAGAAGUAA